AUGUGCCCUUGUCUCCGCAAGAAGUGUACGAGAGGUGAAAAGGAGGAGGAAAAGAAGAAGAAGAAGGACAAAAAGUGCAAGCUUUUUGGAUGCGGAUGUGGAUGGAUGGGACUGCCGAUCGGCGGUGAUUGCGGAGAUGUGGACUUGAAUAUCCCGUUGCCCAUUAUCCUUCCUGGCGGACUCUUUGGCCCUGACCCUUGCAAACUCGUUGGUGGGUGUCCAAAGGCCACUCCGACGCCUCCCAUCAAUCCAACGCCUCCCAAUGACAACAAUCCACCGGAUGUCACUCCUCCACCACCUCCACCGGUAAACGAUGAUGAUAAUUGGGGCGAGGAGGGUUGCGGUAUUCUUGGCUGCGACGGUUACUGCAAUGUCGAGGGCGGCUGUGACUGGUGUCCACCCGAGAUUUGCGGUGGACCUAAAUGUACCCGACCCGGAGGCUGUGGCCCAAGGACGGGACCCAAUCCUAAGCCCAAGCAAACGCCAAAGCCGGAAUGCGAAGAGAAAGACAAGACGACUGUCACCGAGCGUAUCGUUUCGUGCUUCGAAAACCUCAAGGUGGAGCCUACUACCAUUGCAUCGAUCAGCUUUACUAUGACAGAGACCGUGACGUCUGCCUGCGUCUCUUUCGAGGCUACUUUUUCUGGCUGUGGUCUCGUCGGUUUUACAAGUACAACCACAAGCUCGAGUAUCACCAGCAGCUCCAGCAGUGAAGGUCCGGUGUGCACUCGCGCACCGCUCGAUCUUCUCAACGACGAAGGUGACAACGAGCAACCGUCCCCUACGACUGAUGGCCCAGCCUGCAGCCGUACUCCGCUCGUGUUGGAUAACGAUGAAGGCGACAACGAGCAUCCGACAUCAACCCCAGGCCCGUCUUGCACCCGCGCUCCACUCUCGCUGGAUGAUGAUGAGGGAGACAAUGAGCAGCCAACCUCUUCUGAGGCUCCUGCCUGUACUCGAGCUCCACUCUCACUCGAUGACGACGAGGGGAACAACGAGGUACCUUCCAACUCUUCGAUAUCCACGUCGAUUCCUACGCAGACCUCCAACUCCUCCAGCAUAUCAUUGACAGCAACGUUUGCGAGUAUCACGUCCUCGACUUCACUAGUAUCAUCGACAUCCACGUCAAGCGUCUGGGCGACACCUACUGGCGCUCCAAACUGCCCAACUUGCGAUCUUGUCUUCGCAACUUGUAUCAAGGAGUCCUGCAAACCAGAUGGUUCCGAUGCCGUGGUUUGCGCCAAGUUCUGCUUGUCAGCUUUGUGCUAUGGUGCAGACAGUGCCCCUUAUUGCAAGCGAGGCCCAUGCAAACCCGCUGCCUGCCCCACGGUGAAUCCAACCAACUUCUUCAGUGGAGAGCCCGCAAUUCCCUUCACUACGGUAUUGUCACUUCCGAGCACCACGAUGACCAUCACAGCGAUCCCGAGUCUCACCAUGUCGUAUGCGCCCACGCCGACCUGCAAUGCAGGCCAUACGAUCGACCCGCAUGGCAAGUGGACCGCGUUGGUAGAGCAUGGUAUCCAGCGAAACCCUGCCAACGCGACCUUGUCCUGGACUUUGUGGGACGAGCAUGGCUGCAAGGCUGGCGAGGGUCAGUGCUGGAACCAAUUCCUCGGCUUCAACAUCUCCUGCGAUAUUGGGGCCCCUACCCGCACUCCGGACUACAGAAUGGGCUACGUGCUGCACACAAGCGUUACGGACUCUCUGAAUGCACUGGACUCGGAGAUCGAGUUUCUCAUCUCGAAGCCUGUCGAUCACUGCAGUGAAUGGUGCUGGGUGAAGUGGAAGACCAAUGCCCGGGCAGAUGGCAAGUCCUGGCAGAUCUCUGAUGACUGUGCCCGACAGUGCAGCUCACCUCAGCUCACUGCCACCGAUGUCAGCUGCGAUGACGGUAUCAACAAGUGGUACGACCCAGGCGACACAGCCAUUCAGAAGCGCGGCGGUUAUUGCACUUGGCGCAUGCCAUUCAGCCCCGCCAACGACGACCCGCCUCCGCCGCCUGCACCGUGGACUCGAGAGAGCCGAUGGACUAUCGAAUUCACGCAAGUUAUGGAGUACAAGACCUCUUCGAUCGAGUGGGUGUUGAAAGACCCCAACGGAGACAAGGCAGGUCACCUUUGGAAGGACACUUCAGACUCAGAAAGGGCCAUGAGCUUGAUUUACGCCAACGACCGAGGCGAUCGACCCGACCUCCAGAUGCGCUACAAAGUUCUCCUCACCGUGUACCAGGGUCGCAAGAAGGAAGACACACAAGUCAGGCUCACCUACGGAGUCAUGAAGAACCUCGGCUGCAAGCACACGGGCGAUGUGGACUUCACCUUGGAGCCUGGUCACUGCCAGCCGUACUAUGAAACAGAAUCCGACGAUGAGAAGAAGCAGUCUCGCUUUGAGAACUGUUACUGUCCAAACCCGGUCAUGAAAGACAACGUCGAGUUCUCGUGUGAAAAGGUGUUCGACAAAUUUUACCCCAAGGACGCAGGCUUUGAACGCAAGUUCAAGUGCUGGUGGCCGCACGACUUGAUGGAUCCUUACGGGCAUUCGGGUGGUGACCUGGCCGGAGUUGACGCCCAGGGACUGGAGGGAUUCAUGGGGAUUAGUGGUGGUAGGAAUGUGUCGUGGGCGAAUGCGACGUCGUGGUCGAAUGUGACAUCGUGGGCGAACUUGACAUCGCCAUGAAGGAAAGGGGAUUUCUUGAGCGGCAUCUGAAACUCGAACCGAUAGCUGUUUGUGGACAAUGUACAGCAUAUAGAG